AUACUGGGAUCACGGAUGGUCGAAGGACUGGUGGUUCUGGAGGUAAAUUUCGACUCUAAGGACAACGUCACUGAUUCGCUCUUCUACAAGACUAUUAGGAUGGCCAGGCAGGUCCGCCGGAGGUCGUGGGUCGUGCAGGUGCUGGUGGUGAGCGACGACCCCGCCUUCCUGGACGCCUUCGCUCGCUGGUCGCUGCGAGGACGACUUCUGGUGUGGCAGACGAGGCUGGUAGUCGUCACGCGCCUCCCCAAGCACGACCUGCAAGCGCUCCUGGCCAGGCACUGGACGCUCGCCAUGAUGAACGCACUCGUGCUGAACCUUGCGGAGGAGGCUGCGGACGGGGAACAAGCGAGGGGCAACUUGUACGUGCAUCUGCCAUAUAGUGCUCACGGUGAGAAGAUGGUGAGGCUGGGACACUGGACGGGGCAGGAGGGCGUCACACUACUGGCUGGCGCGUCACUCUUUCCGCAGAAGUAUUGGGACUUCCACGGCGCCCCCGUCAACGUGACCGCCCUGCCCUUCGCCCCCUACUGGAGCGUCGAGGAGGGGGAGGGGGCGGCCGGGGGCGCACCCCCCCUCAGCAGCUACUCCGGCACGGACUUCCUCAUGCUGCGCACGAUCGCCGAGGCGCUCAACUUCUCCGUCAGCGUACUGCCGACCGCCGACUGGGGGGAGGUGACGCAGCGCGUGGAGGAGCGCAUCUCCUUCAUGGCGCCCAUUAUCUACGCGGUGCUCCCGGGGCGCCUCGAGCAGUACGACUACACCUACGCCUACGAGUACGCCUCCCCGGCCUUCUGCAUGACCAAGCCGGUGCUGAGGCCUCAGUGGCAGAGCCUCUACUACCCUCUCAGCGACCUGGUCUGGCUCUCCGCCCUGGCCGUGCUUUUCAUUAUGCCUCCGACGUUCUCGAUGAUGGGCCGCAUGGAUGGGCGUGGAAUGGGCGGGAACACGGGCGUCGCUUUUGCUGUCGUGGGAACCCUUUUGGGCCAGAACCUGAACCAGUUGCACUCCCACAGCAACGCCGCCCGCCUGUUGCUUGGGGCGUGGCUGAUUUUCGCCUUCAUCUUGGGCACCGCCUACAGGGGCAACCUCACCGCCGCCCUCACGCUGCCCAAGUACCCCCCUCGCCCCGAGACGCUCCAGGAACUUGUGCAGGCUGUCAAGAGGGUGACCAUGCCUUCCUACGGCGCUCAGUUCCGCGACUUCUACAAGCAAUCCGACUCGGAGGUGUUCCGUGCUCUCGCUCGCAUCAUGGACAUUGUUCCUUCUGCUCAGGAAGGUCUCCAGCAGGCUAGCGAAAACAGACAGGCGCACAUCCAAGCCCGGCGGUUCCUGGAGCUCGUGGUGGCGGAGGAGUUCACGCGGGCGGACGGGUCGACGCGGCUGUACUUCGGGCGCGAGAGCGUGUUCCCCGGCCUCUCCGCCUGGCCCAUCCCGCACGACGCGCCCUACAAGGCCCGCCUCGACCGCUGCAUCAUGGCCGUCAAGGAGGCCGGCCUGUACGAGAAGUGGAGUCGGGACCUGAUGGAGAAAGCCAGGAAGGAAGGUCGGGAGAGGCAGCAGAGGAUCCUGCAGGAGAGGCGCAAGCAGAACGGCCAAGCAGACGCCAAGCAGGACAGCGAGAAGGCACCGGAGCCGAGCGGGAACUCCCCCAAGGCGCUGACGAUCGUCCACCUUCAGGGCCCGCUGAUGCUGGCGGCCUUGGGCCUCGGCGCCGCCAGCGUCACCUUCCUGGGCGAGGUGGCGGCCGCCAGAUGGCUCAGGUCACGUGACCCCUCUCGUCAUGUCAUCCGAUAAAACUUCAAUUAAUUUAGAUUUCAGGGCAUAUGUGGACUAGGAUUGCCAACAUGACGUACUCUAGAAGGACGGUUAUGCGAGAUUGUACCACAUACUAAGCAUUUUGUAAUUUAGUUUUGUUGAAACUUAAUUGAGAACAAAGAUCUGCUACA